GAAGUGAAUGUAAUCAAAUAAAAUCUAUCUCAACCCGCGAAUUUUCUUCCGAAAACAAAAGAUUGGAAAGAGUAAAAUCAAACAUUGUGUUCGUUGCCGAAUAAAUUUCAUCAAAUCCCGAGGUUGAUCAGCCAUUGCCGCCGGCGAAGUUCCAUGCGAGGACAACAUUCUCACCCACUCAAGUCGGGUCCCGCCGGACCCGAUGACGAAAACGAACCAGUUCGCUCUUAUCUUGCUGGAACGAACAUCCCCUUAGGCACCGGAAUUCGGAAGAAGGGAACCGGAGUUCGACCAUGGUUACUCCUGGACUCGACCGGCGGAGCUCAGGUGGUUGAGGCCGGAAAACAUGCGAUUAUGCGGCGGACCGGUCUGCCGGCGCGGGACCUUCGGAUUCUCGAUCCGUUGCUCUCGUAUCCAUCUACGAUUCUUGGCCGUGAGAAAGCGAUUGUGAUCAAUUUGGAGCACAUCAAAGCUAUUAUCACUGCUCAAGAUGUGUUCGUGUUGAAUGCUAGGGAUCCGUCUGUAACCCCCUUUGUGGAUGAGCUUCAAAGGCGGGUAUUGCGGCACCAUCAAGCCACUAAGGCCUCUCAGGAGGGCGUUAGUGAUGAUUCUAAUUGGAGGAAUCUGUAUGACUUAGAGGAGCCUCGAUCAAGGACUCAAAGUCCUCCUAAUUCAUACCAAGGAUUUCCACGGGCUGAAGAGGAGGAGGGGAAGGAAAGCAUGAAACAAGGUCUUGAAAAUCGGGAGGGAUUGAAGGUUCUUCCUUUUGAGUUUGUUGCUUUGGAGGCUUGCCUUGAAGCUGCUUGCAGUUGCUUAGAAAGCGAAGCAGAUACAUUAGAGCUAGAGGCUCACCCAGCUUUGGAUAAGCUGACUUCUAAGAUUAGUACUCUCAAUUUGGAACGAGUGCGUCAGAUCAAAAGUCGACUGGUUGCAAUAACUGGACGAGUUCAAAAGGUGCGGGACGAAUUAGAACACUUGCUAGAUGAUGAUGAGGAUAUGGCUGAGAUGUACUUAACAGAGAAGAUGGUUCAGCAACAACUUGAGAACUCUUCCACUUCCUCAAUUCCUGAGAGAGAUGACAUGGAAGAAGACGAUCAGCAAUUAGGCAAAGAUGACAGUAGUCCGACUGAAAUAUCAAUGGACGGUGGUGGGAUCUCUGCUAAUUAUGAUGGCAAUAUGGAUGCUUCCCAGGAUCAUUUGUUUGGUGCAUCACACGUGGGCAGGGACAGCCAUGGGACGCGGACAAGCACUACCCAUAGCGCUAUAAGCAAACACCUCGAUGUGGAGGAACUCGAGAUGCUAUUGGAGGCAUACUUUGUGCAAAUUGAUGGUACACUGAACAAACUUUCCACGCUGAGGGAGUAUGUAGAUGACACAGAAGAUUACAUCAACAUAAUGCUGGAUGACAAGCAGAACCAUCUUCUACAAAUGGGAGUAAUGUUGACUACAGCAACCCUUGUUGUGAGCGCUUUUGUCGUGGUUGCAGGUAUCUUCGGGAUGAACAUCCAUAUCGAACUGUUUGAACCCGAAAAAGCAGGCAUGCCAGAGUUCCUGUGGACCGUUGGUGGUGGCGCUACAGGAACCAUCUUCUUGUAUUUCAUUGCUAUUGCAUGGUGCAAGCACAAACGUUUGCUCGAGUAGUAGAAUGGAAACGUGCUGCCAACGGUGUAGUUGGCCUGAUCAAAAAGAGUAUUAAAUUAAUACAACGUUUAAUACAUAUUUAUUUAUUUUGAUAUCAUGUAUUAUUCUGCUGUGUUGAAAUAAGGUGAAGCUUUUACAAGA